GACGACAAGUCAACGUUUUUCCAGUUUGGAGCUUCCAUCCAGCAGGAGGCGCUGUUGAUGUUGAGCAUCAUGGAGGAGUACGACUGGCACAUCUUUUCCAUCGUCACCUCCAAGUUCCCCGGGUACCAGGAGUUUAUCAACGUCCUCAAGAGCACCGUGGACAACAGUUUUGUAGGCUGGGACCUGCAGCACAUCAUAACAUUAGAUGCUGUGGAGGAAGACAGUAAGAGUCAAAUCAUGUUGAAGAAGGUCCAAUCCCCGGUGGUUCUGUUGUACUGCUCUAAAGAUGAGGGAGUCUUUAUCCUGGAGGAGGCUCGCUCCCUGGGCCUCACCGGGUUCGGAUACAUCUGGAUCGUCUCCAGCCUGACCUCCGGCACCACCGAGACGGUACCCGAGGAGUUCCCCUCGGGCAUGGUGUCCGUCUCCUCUGAGGACUGGGACUACCCUCUGGAGGCGCGGGUGAGGGACGGGCUGGGCAUCAUCACGUCCGCUGCCUCCGCCAUGCUGGAGGAGUACGGAGAAAUACCUGAAGCGAGGACUUCCUGUUAUGGGACACAGCCGGAGAAGCCUUCCAAGGUUCCUCCUCUCGCUCUACACAAGUAA